AUGUAUCAGCAAGACUCUUCUAAUUUGCAUUCAGCUGAGAUUUCCUCCAAACUCCUGGGCAUAUCCCAAGUAGAAAAAUUAAAUAAAAGACUUAGAGCAAGAAAUAAUCAUCUGCAGAACAGUAUUGCUGUGCCCGCAGUUUUAGCUCCUUUAACUUAGCGAAGUUUUUCACCCCCAUCACAAAAAUAGUUAAUUGUCCCUAAUAGUAUAUCAAACGUUAACACAUCAUAAAUAAUAGUAAAAAAGUCUAGACAUAUCCGUGAGGCUUCUCAUGACAUUACCUCAACAAUGAACAACAAUAUAACCCCUCAUUAAAUGAUUCAACUUCCUCCAAUGAUUAAAACUCCUAAGGAUUUAUCUGAAAGAGAAUAAUAACAUCAACAGCAAUAAUAUCCAAAAUGUAUAAACUAAUCCCAACUUGAAUCAGAAUUCUGGGAACAACAAUUACAAUUAGAUUUAAAUCAACAAUGUCUAGAAAUAGCAAUAGCAAAUGAUAGUGAGUAACAGCCAGUCAGAUCAGAAUUAAAGUCAGGGUCAGAUAUUCAACCGGUUCACAAAUAGAACAAGACAGAGCCAAAUUCCUACAGGUCCCAGAAUAAAAAGUAUCAUCAUGAGAAGUCCCAAUCACAAUAAUUUACACCUCUAAGUGGUGCACAAUCUUCAAACAUAGCAAAUUAAUCUUAUAGCGUGAAUGCGUCUAAUAAUGGCUCAACUCUUUAAUCUACAGGUAGAAGCUCUCGAGCCUUUUCUCCUCGAUAACAAAGACUAUCAAGUAUUAAUUAGAAUAAUAGUAUAACGCCUUCUUAAAUGGGGAACAAGUCUAUCAUCAACGGAAUCACUAAGCGAGAAAAAAGUGGUUCUUCAAGGGACAGUGUAAGUAUGAAUAAUACUGGUGGAAUGCAACUUAACAGUCCAACAAACUAAUCUUUUCAUGACCCUAAAGACACAAAUAGAAUUAAUCAUAAUAAUUAUGACAAAUAAAAUGAGUAAAGAUAGCAAUCUAUUAGUAAAAGAUAAGAGAAAAUUAACAAAAGCCCUUAGAAAGAUAAUCAUAGUAUGAUGAAUUCAGGGAUGAAUCAAGAUUUAGUAAAUGAUCAAAAUGUGCAGUUUGUCGAUGUCCAAACUUUGCUAUUUGGAGAAAAUCCAGUUUACAUAAAUCCUAAGCAAUUUUUAUUGAAGAAUCAUGAGAUAACUAAAGCAUCAACCAAGUCAUGUGGAAUUAUUAAGGCUUAUGCAGCUAAUACAAAUUAAGGUAUAAUCAGAGAUUAUAAUGAAGAUAGAGUCAGCAUUAUACUAAACAUUGUGAAGCCAAAAAAUAAAAUUCUCCCAUAAAAUGCAGAGUGGCCUUAAAUUUGCUUCUUUGGAGUCUUUGAUGGACACGGAGGAGCAGCUUGUGCAGAUUUUUUAAGAGAUAAUCUUCACAAUUUUGUCAUAUAGAAUUAGAACUUUCCCUCCAACCCAAAAGAGGCAAUCGUCUAAGGAUUUAGAGAGUGUGAAUACCACUUCCUAUCAAUGGUUGAAACUGCCUAUAACAGAUUGCUCGCUUCUCAAGGUACAAGUCAAGGUUCUCUUGGAGACAAUGGAUCUCAAGGAUUAGAGAGGUCAGGAUCAUGUGCUAUUGUUAUAAUGGUUGUUGAUGACACAGUAUAUGUUGCAAACGUUGGUGAUAGUAGAUGUAUGAUGUCAGUAGAUUGUGGAAGCUAAGUAGCUGUAUUAUCUAGAGAUCAUAAGCCAGACGAUGAAUUAGAAAAGCAGAGAAUUUAGUUAGCAGGAGGGAAAAUUUAUCGAACAUAAACAUUCGCAAGGCCUGCUUAAUAAGGAGAAAAAGAUGUAUAUGUCUAAGGUCCAUUAAGAGUUUUUCCAGGAAGAUUAUCAGUGGCAAGAACAUUCGGGGAUAUCGAGGCUAAGUUACCAAGAUUUGGAGGAAACCCACAUGUGAUAGUCUGUGAGCCAGAGAUCAGAUCAUUCAAGAUUAAGGAGAGCCACUUUGAUUUUAUGGUUGUGGGUUGUGAUGGUAUCUUUGAUAGACUAAGUAACAGAGAAGUUAUUGAUACUGUUUGGGAAAGCGCCGGGGAUAUUAUUAAGGGCAAUCAAUUUUAAAAAGGAACUAAUGGUACAUCUAUCUUAUAAGGUAUUACUCCUCAACCUUUAUUAACUUAAAAGCAUCAAAGCCUGUUUAACUCUAUCGACAAGAAAAAGGGAACUCUAAUUGAUUCAUCAAGAUAGUCUAAAUAAAUGAGUACAGCUAAUGGUUAGUUUCCUCAGUAUCAUCAUAAUCAAUAGCAUGCAAUUACAGCACAUUAAGUUGUUGCUGAUGGUGUAGAGAUGGUUUUGAAAAAGGCAGCAGCUUAACGAUCAUUAGAUAACAUCACAGUUUUGAUCUUAGGCUUUCAAAAUCUUGAUAAGGCGAUCCAUAAGUUGAGUGAAGGUUAUAAUCUUUAGUAAAUCAGAGACUAGUAAUUAAUGGAAAAUCAGGGGCUCAAUGGAAUGCUUAAUAAUGUAGAUGAUUUUGAAAUAAUUCCUGAAGAUUUUUAGUUCAGUGUACAUACUAACUAUAAUAAUAAUAUUCCAAAGAUUGAUAAGCCAAUGAGCUAGAAUAGUUUAAUUAAGUCUCAUGAUAGCAAAAGCCCUCUUGGCAACGGAGCUAAUAAUUUAAUCUCUAAUGGUAUUAACUUAUCUGGGCAGAAGGAGAUAAAAAGUGGGGGCACUAUGAAAGAAAGAAGUGGUAAAGUAGUUAUUCAAAAGAAUAAGAUAGACAAUAAGAAAAGCGGUGACUUCAGCACUACAACAGGUGAGGUUGGUGGAACUGGAGUUUUUAUUAACAAUUUUUGA